CUUAGGCAAACAGUGUGAGAGCAAUGUUUUCAUUUUUAUAUUGUACUGUAAUGAUUACUCGUGGUCGCAUCGCCGGCGCAAGUUUUUAUUUUAAACUAAAAACAUUUUCGUAUAUGUGAAAGUAAUAAAUUAUUUUGUAAAACAACGAUAUAAAUGGAAGUAAAGUGCUCCGAGGACUCUGAUUGCUUGAUACAGAAGAAACCAUGGUACAAACACGUAUCAGUGGAACCGGUGAUGUUCUUCUACAUGAUGGCUUACAUGAUAACAAAUGUUAUCGAGCAGACUUUUUACGUCUUCCGAGCUUGCACGAUCAAUCACGGUUAUAGCGAAGACGUAUGUUACAACAUAGCGAGCUAUGAUGCAAUCAAUAAGGAAGUACAGGUGACUGUGUCAACAUUCCACCAAUGGAACGGUAUCACGAGCCACAUUGUGCCACUGCUGCUGGCCUUCUUCCUCGGUUCGUACAGUGAUAAGCGGGGCCGGAAAGUGCUGCUGCUCGGUGGCUUACUCGGGAAACUGUACUUCUCAUUAAUGAUUACCUUCAAUACUAUGAAAGACUGGCCGUUGGAAUACGUCAUAUACACAGCGGCGUUCCCGAGCGCACUGACGGGAGCUGAUCUCGCCAUCUUCGCGGGCUGCUUCGCGUACAUAGCUGACGUGUCUUCAGUAAAAAACAGGACCUUGAGGGUUGGUGUACUUGACGUGGUGUAUUUAAGCACCAUGCCCACCGGAGUAGCUUUAGGCAACCUGCUCUACAACAGAGUGGUGAACCGAUCGUUCACCGCGAUGUUCGCGAUCAACUCCUGUCUAAUGAUGGUCGCCACUGCGUACUGUUUCUUGUUCCUGGAAUGGCAGACAAGACCAGAGCAGAAGUCUUUGAGAGAAGCCGGUGUUAAGAACCCCGUAAACGAUUUCUUCGACUUCAAUAAUAUCAAGCAAACUUUAGUUACAUUGACGAAAAAGAGGCCUCACAAUAGAAGAUUGUUCCUCUGGUUCCUUUUGAUUUCCAUGGCCUUUUACACAUUCCAGAGAGACGAAAAACCGGUGCUAUACUUGUACACGUCGAAGGUGUUCAAAUGGGACGCGACGGACUUCAGCAAUUUCAGAACUUACCUGAGCACGGCGUACGUCGUUGUUAUGCUCUUUGGUAUACCGCUGACUACCAAAGUACUCGGGUGGAAAGACACGAUAAUCGUAAUGCUGGGUGCGUCCGCCCAUAUGACUGGUCACAUGAUAUACGCGCAUGCGCAGACCGGGACUAUGAUGUACAUCGGCGCGACAGCUGCUGCACUCGGACCUUGUGUGGCGCCACUAAUUCGAUCCAUGACCUCCAAAGUGUUGGAACCAGCAGAGAGAGGCGUAGCGUUCGCAUUCCUGUCCGUAAUGGAGAACGCAGUCGCGAUGUUCGCGUCAGUGAUAUAUUCGCAGAUAUACAAGGCGACGCUCGACACUAGUUUUAUUAGCGCAAUAUUUUACCUAACUAUAAGUACGCAGGCCAUUGUCUUUCUGCUUGCAAUGUUCAUGGAAAUUAUGCUGAAAGGAAAGAGAUUAGAAACACAAACGGAACAGGACAAGCGAUCGAUGUCAGCAUCUUAAAUUCGAAUAAAAUAGUCUCUAUAUACGAAUUAAUAUAUACAAACUCAUUUGAGUCUUCCGUAUAAAAUAAUUAACACCUGACUUAUAGAUUUGUUUCGUGUACGUUGUAUUGAGACAGUGUUGUCAGUUUACAAAUUCCAUUUUAGUGUAUUGAUUUGAAAGAAACGGGUGUUAAAUCUUUAUAUAAUGUAUGUUAUGUUUAUAUUAUAAUUAAUUAAAAUAUUUGAUUUACU